CGGAUAUUAGUGACCUUCGAACGACAUGCCGUUUAUCUAGUCUUCUUACAAUUGCAGGUUCGGGUCACGGCAUGAUCCACGUCCACUUGGAAAGUAGUAACCCUUCAAAUGCUUUAUGGAGCGAAACAGACACCAUCUCCGUUAAGUCAUUCGGAGAUUAAAUUACAGCAGAAAGUUAGGUAUAAUACCGGAGAGGAAGGAAAGCGAUCAUCCAUCACCUGCCAUAUGUGCCAUAGCCAGAACCAGAAGCAGACCUAGAUUGGAUUCCUUGGACGUCCCUAUCAAACCAUCCCUUUCUUCCAUCGGCCACUAACUGUAUUCUCUUCUCUUCUCGCUCACUGCUACAGAUACACCUUUUUUUUGUUUACUACAACCUUCAAAUUUAAUCAAUUUGUCGUCUUACCAUCAAACUACGCCAUUUUCGCGUUUUUAUCUGCCUUGAAAGAAACCGAGAGCUAAGUCGAUGGAUUCUCAAGUGGUUGUAGCACUUGCUCUCUCUCUUGUGGGUGGAUUAAGCACUUCUAUUGGUGCACUUUUUGUCGUUUUAAAUCAGGCGCCCAAUUUGAAGAUGCUUGGACUAUUACAGGGUUUUGCUGCAGGCCUAAUGUUGAGCAUAUCAUUCCUAGAUCUGGCUCAUAAUGCUAUCAACGCAAUUGGCUUCUUAAAAGGCAACCUAUGGUUUUUCGGAGGAGUUUUAUUCUUCGCUAUUGUUGCAAAGUUUAUCCCUGAACCAACAGUUAUUCCGGGUUCAGAUGUUAAAAGUAAAAAGACAAAUGGGGAUGGAGGAAAGGACAUCAUGAAAAAGCAUCGUCGCCAAGUUUUUUUCAGUGGGAUUAUUACAGCUAUAGGCAUAAGCUUGCACAAUUUUCCAGAGGGAAUGGCAGUUUUCCUUGGUUCUGUUAAGGGCCUACGUGUUGGUCUUAAUUUGGCCUUGGCCAUUGCUUUGCACAACAUCCCUGAGGGUGUUGCUGUUGCACUGCCUGUUUAUUUUGCUACUCAAAGCAAGUGGCAGGCAUUCAAAUUGGCAACACUUUCUGGUCUUGCUGAACCACUUGGUGUGGUACUUGUAGCAUAUCUAUUUCCAAGCAGCUUGAGUCCUGAAAUUCUUGAGGGUCUAUUAGGAUCAGUCGGUGGAGUUAUGGCUUUCCUAACCUUGCAUGAAAUGCUGCCAUUGGCUUUUGAUUAUGCUGGGCAGAAGCAAGCCGUUAAGGCUGUAUUCCUUGGGAUGGCUUUUAUGUCAGCAAGUCUAUAUUUUCUCGAAAUCAGCUUACCUGAGGAGAUGAGUUUAUAACCAUCAACCACAAUGUUAUACAUUCUAAAGCAACAGCAUUCGAAUUGGGACCUGAUGCGAUUUCAUCUCACUGGAAGGCUAAGAAGGCAGGGAUGUCCUCAAAAUUUGGGUGCUUUUUAUCAUUAAUCGAUGCCAACCAAUUUACUUCUUUUCGUUCUUUAAAACGGGAAAAUGUAAGGGAUUUGGGGAAGGUGGUAGUCCGUAGUCAAGCGCAGAGAAAAAAAAAAUGGAUCUUUUUAUCUUUAAUAAAAUUAAAUGUCAUUUACGUUUCUUAGCUUCU